UAGAAUGAUUGGGUGUAAACAUGGUCUUAAUGAAACUUCGGAAAAUGUGGACUGUGUACUAUUAAAUACAUUUAUUGCUAACAGAUUAUUUCGAACAAUAAGGCAGGUUAUAUAGAUCUAGAGCAGAGGAUCAGUCUACUUGCAGUGUGGUCAUUUUAGUUUGAAAGAGUACUUUAUUAUUCUGUUUUGAUUUAAAAUUAAAAUCUUGAAGCAGUUUAAGACAUUUGGAUUAUUAAUUAUCUCUAACGUCUACUUUAACACCUGCUCCGCACCAAACAACGCUUGUUGAAUUUAGUGCUGCUUUUCAUAAUUUUAUUUGUAGUCGCCAAAAAAAUAUAUCCUCAAAAAUUAUAGAACUCAAAACUAGUCGACCCGUAAAAAAAAUACGUUUCAAAAUAAAUUUCUAUCAGAAAUCCUUUCAUUUUUGUGAUGCGUAGCUCAGUAAGAAAUGAAUAAUUGUGUCAUAAAUAGAAUCUGUAUUACCGUGACAUGUUGGAAGAAUACAAGAACCAAAUAAGAUAGCACUACAACAACAUACAAUUGAUAAAUAGUUAUACAAUGGUUUGGAUACUUCGGAUAACUCUUGUUUUACUGACAACUUCUCAAGUGCAAGGUCUUUGUGAUUUGAACGUAGACAGUCAGCCAAUCAAACAUUCCAAUUGGAUCGGUACUAUUGAGAGCCCAGGCUAUACCUCUAAUAUCUACCCGGAUAAUCAGGAUUGCUAUUGGACUGUACAACUACCUAGUACCACAAAAGUCAAGAUAACCUUUGAGACUUUUGAUAUUAACCAAGGAAAAUGUGAAGACUUCUUGCAGAUUAACGAUUCAUCAGGAUUCUUCUUUUCUAAAUGUGGAUCUUUGGAAUCUAAUUUCCAGCUUAUUUAUGAUCCACCAGUCAAAAUUUACUUUCAUUCCGACGAAUCAGGGACGUCCCGUGGAUUUAAGCUUCGUUAUGAAGGUGUUUGUGACGAUGAGAUACACAGCAACGUAACUCUUGUGCCACCUUAUCAUCCACAAAUGCCUCCCACUGAUGUGACCUGUGUCUGGAAGUUGGGUCAUCCCAAACAAGUGAUUGUCGUGAAACUCGUGGCAGAUGUAGUCAUUAAUGUGACACCCUCGCCCUCAACUUGCGGGCUAUCUCCUCUAAAGGUAAUCUCCAAUGCGAGAACUCAUGGAGAGAAAAACUUAUGCACCAUGACAUCUGAUGACAACAUCUUUGUUGGUAAUGUCACCUUAAUGUGUUCACUGAAUGCCAAGUCUAAACAAGACCUAUGGAUUGGAAAAAUUGAAGUCUACAUACUGGACAUCACACCUGAUGCAGUUUGUAAAGAAGAGAAAGAUAACUUCAUGGGAAGUCAAAUGACCUGGUUUACUACUAUUGCAGACAAAGUGGAUGAACAGCAAUGCCCUUAUAAUACAGAAGGUCGAGCCAAGCGACAUUGUAUUGCGGAGAGGGAUUCUCCAACUGGUGGAUUGUGGACUAGACCAGACCUCUCUCAUUGUUCACACGUUGAAAUGAGAGAUAUAGCUCAACAAAUCAUGUCUGUUAUUUCGAAGAGUGACAACCAACAAAACAUUGUGGAUGUUAUAAAUCGUUUAAGAACUUUUACCAGCCUUGAUGCAGUAGAAAGCCAAGAGACUUUUCCCCUGUAUCCCGGUGACCUUCUGGAAGCUGCCAAACAGCUCACUCUGAUAAAGGACGCUGCUUUGAACACACGUGCGAUACAUUCCAAUUUAGCAGUGAAAUUAAUUGAGCUUUUCAUCAAAACUGAAGACAAUAUUUUAGACCCGAAAGCGUUGGACAUCCUACAAAAUGCUCAAUCUAAACUGGUGGAAUCUAUGGUGAGUGAAGCUGUCAUCUCAACUGAAGACUUCUUGGUUAAAAUGUUCAGAAAACUUAAUUCUACUUCACUGGAAGAACUGGGACGUUCACUAUUGAGUCUCGGUGCCAGAAACAUUGAUAUCAAUGUUAAACAGUUUAACUCUAACCUAAACUUACUACAUACGACUGGAUCAGGGUCACUUCUGCUACCUUUCUCUACUUUUCAAGGACGAAAGACUGCAAGAGGUGAUUGGCCUUAUGUCUAUUUGGCAAGGUUUUCAUCGGUACAUCGACAUUACGCAUUGAAAGAAAGCAGAUAUCACAAAGUCCCUGAAACACCAAGAUUAAUCAUCAGUGAUGUCUUCUCAGCUGAAUUCAUUGAUGAUAUUGGUCUAGCGAUGGAAAACUUUGUAGACCCGGUCAUUAUAACAUUUCUACUAAAAGAAAACUUCAAUGAUUCAAAAUAUAUUCGCUGUGUUUUCAUGAACAGAUCUGCCAAAUCUGCUGAAUACCGAUGGCUGACCUCUGGAUGCCAUCUGAAAUCUCACAAUACUACACAUGUGGUGUGCCACUGCAAUCACUUGACCAGCUUUGCUGUCCUGAUGGAUAUAUACCAAAGUCAGGACUCAUUAGCUGAGGUUCAUGAACAAGUAUUGAGUCAUAUCUCUUACGUAGGAAGUGGACUUUCUGUAGUUUCUUGUUUGGCUUUCAUUAUCGUCAUACAAUGGUUCAGGAUCGCCAAUGAUAAAGUUCGCAUCCACCAACAGCUCGCAGUGUCAGUGAUCGUGACUCAGAUUCUGUUUCUGAUCAUGAGUCAAAUCGGUACACAUCUAGGAACACCUUUCUGGGCUUGUUAUAGCAUAGCAGGUCUGCUGCAUUAUGCCGUGAUAGCAAUGUUCUGUUGGAUGUUGGUGGAGGGCUUUCAUCUAUAUGUCAAGCUAGUCUGGGUCUUCAAGGUCGGAUCCUAUCUGAAGAAAUAUCUGGCUGUGUCUUGGGGGUUUCCUUUAGUUGUCAUCGUGAUCUCAAUGUCCGUGUAUGGAAAUCAAUAUAAACAUAACAAACUAUGUUGGCUUCAUCACGAUGUGACAUUGAUUUGCCUUGUUCCUGUCGUCUCCUUUGUUAUUUUGAUGAACUCUGUUAUUCUAAUUAUCGUUCUUUGUGUUAUGAUUAAGUCUAAAAAUAACCUCAAAGACAAGAAACAAGGUUUAAAGAAAAUGAGCAACAUUAAAUUAAGUCUAAAGGCUUCCUUGAUCUUACUGCCUCUGCUGGGAUUGACCUGGGUUCUUGGCUUCUUUGCGGUUGGCUCUAAUGGCUCGGAGAUGAUGAUGUACAUAGUCACCUAUAUGUUCACAGCAGUCAAUAGUUGCCAGGGUCUGCUGUUCUUUAUUUUUCAUGGACUGCUCAAUUUAGAGAUACAAGCUGCAUUCAAAAGACGUUAUAUUAAGAAAAAGAGUGAGUCUAUGAAUGAGUCAACCGAGUCCAGAAUGAGGAAGCUUUCUUUUAUUGAUCCGGAUUAUGAUUCAACAAGGAACAGAAACUCGCCAACUUUUAACAUGCAUUCAUUACAAGCUACUCAAGUGAUUGAGUGCAACACUGUGGACUAGUCUACUACUUGACAAGCUACUCAAGUGAUUGAGUGCAACACUGUGGACUAGUCUACUACUUGACAAGCUACUCAAGUGAUUAAGUGCAACACUGUGGACUAGUCUACUACUUGACAAGCUACUCAAGUGAUUGAGUGCAACACUGUGGACUAGUCUACUACUUGACAAGCUACUCAAGUGAUUGAGUGCAACACUGUGGACUAGUCUACUACUUGACAAGCUACUCAAGUGAUUGAGUGCAACACUGUGGACUAGUCUACUACUUGACAAGCUCGUGGGCUACUUCUUAUAAAUUAAUGUACUAUUAAUUUACCCAAAUGUAUGUUCUACUAGACAUGAUCAUGUUUUAGUAUUAAAUUAGCUUGUGUUUGAUUUCUACAAAUAGUUUGUUGUAAAGAAAAAGAAAUUUUUGUCUUUACAAUUGAUUUUGUUUUCUGGUCAUCACAAGUUGUAUUAACAUAUUGAUAAAACAAUAUUU